AUGGUAUUUCACUGGGCCUCUACUUUGACCAAACCUAGGCCCGUCAUUCUCGUCCUCAGCGCCCUGAUUAACGCUAACGAACGUCCCCAAAUCUGCCGUACAUCUUGGGAGUGGUUGCAGCUAUGGAUAUUGCCCAAGGGGAGUCAUCCUGUUCGCGUGGCACCGCAUGAGAAUGAUCAACUGAGUGUUAGAACUCCCUCACAGCACUCGGAAAUGGCCCGAUCAAUACCAGACAGAGAGGGAAAAGCCUCAAUAAAAGCCUCAAUUCUCCGCCGGGAAGCCCGAUAUGCCUUGUCGUCAGAGUCGCCACGGCGAUCGCCCCAUCUCCAGUCAGGCCCGCUCUUGUGGUUCAAGGCCACUGCCGGAGGUGAGCGAUUGAGAGCGCGGAAAGUCCUAGCAGGUGCCUCCGAGAGUACGAUCUCAAACGUGCUCCUAUGGCUUUCUGUCAUGUACUUCACGGAUCACGGAUUGCGAGCCGUAGAGCCGGUUUCUGGUAAUCUGCAAAGCCGUCAGCUGAGCAAUUGGGCAGGCAGCUUACAGCAGUGA